AGCGCGAGCCUCCUCACUUGAGAGAGUGACAGGUCCUCGACUUUUUUCUCAAUCCAUAUCGCGUGAUACGGUUUACCGGCGUCCAGUUCAUUGGAGAUAUUUCAUUCGAUCGAUACGGUAAUUUCAAGUCGCAUAAACGUGUCCAUGAGAAUAUAUGAAUCGAAGAACUGCGCCGACGUAUAUAUCUGCACGAAGAUAGGGAAUACAUAUCCGUAAUAAUUAUUUAUGUGCCCCGCGAUUUCGCGUGGAUUUCAAUAUCGGGAGUUUGAUCGGAUUCGUUCAGUUUGGAGAAGUAUAAAAGUUUGACCAAUUGAAACCCUUUGAGCAGCUGCUGCUGCUGCUGGUGCUGCGAGUACGCGACACACGCGGGUAUAAUAAUAUACGUUGAACGACGAAGAGCUGUGUGCCGGCUGCAUCCAAGUUUCAAAGAUAAGCGCGGUUUAGUUUUGUGUCACCGAAAAGUUUCAGUUCCCGAUCAAAGCCGAAAGUUAAAAAAGUCAGGCGCGAAAGGCUAAGGGCGAGAACGUAAACUUUGGCUCCGACGUCGAGUUGUAAAAUUUCUCGGAACAACGGACAGGCAGACAUGGCUGCGUUUCGACUGCUCGUGUGUUUCGUCAUUACCACUUUCUGGUUCUGCUCACUUAUCAACGCCGCAGCGGUUCACAGUUUGAUAUUCGGCGAACAACCGCAAGUCCUAUCUGAAGAUAUGCGAGAAAUCGGGAUCGGAAACUUGGCUCGCGCGGAGGCGUCCGAGCGUCUUCGCUACCGCCGAUCGAUCGACUCGGACAUCCACAGAGUUUGCCACAGCACAACACCCUGCGGAUGGGCGGUAUACGUGCCGUUCACAAGAAGAGUCGACUACUUCAUGAGAAACACAUGCACGUGUCCGGUGACGUUCAAAUGCAUAAGAACGGACGAUGACUUGUCGGUCAGCGCGUACGUCUACAGGUGUAGAUACAACACAAGCGCAUCGGACAUCGAGUCACCGGUCGACGAAACGGCCAAUUAAAACAAGGUCUGAAAAAUGGUAUUGUGCUCCAGCUUGGGUAGAAAAUCUGAACGCGAGGCCUACUGCCCAAGGUAGUUUUUAUCACAUUCGAUUUGCUCACAGAUUUUAAUGGCUUACAUCGAAAACGACUUCGUUCAACGAAACGAGGAAAGACUGAUCCGAAGAAAUAGGUGUAUCUGUUACAUGCGAUUUCAUUUUACAGGAAAAGAUCAAUUUUCAUACCCUACAGGUAUAACGAUUCACUGUAGAAAUGCGAGGCUCUCGUGACUUCCGCAUUCCCUGCAACGUGUUAUCUCUCUGAUUUACGCAAUUUUUAUCCAAAGAUAUGAACGAUUAUCGAUUCGUUGGUAUUUCUCUUAUUUCAUUAUUGUUGCCAAGACGCUCACCAUCGGGUCCUUCUCCGCUGGAUCGUAAGAAGAUAUUUUCGUUCCGUUUCCCUUUUGUAAGAUCUAUCUUUCCAACGCCUCGGGAUCCUACGAAAGAUGGACGAGUCUUUCGGUGUUGUUCAGCGAAUUAAGGUGUAUGUAUAAUAGUAUACGGAUUAUCGGCUGUACUCCGGCGAACGAGUGGGAGAAGACAAAGAGCAAGAGAGAUGUAAUUAGAGGGCUCGCGAUACUAAUGCCGAUGCAUCGAGCGUGUAAAGUGUUUUUUGGAAGUGAAAUUGAUUCGAUAACUGGUAUCUCUGCAGGUGUUUCUUGUGGGCCGAACAUAUUUUCUACCGGUAGCGCAUAAACUCAACUACGAUCUACUCGAUUUGAAGACGGCGCUUGAUAGAUCCGCUGUAUUGCGUGCAAGUCCGUAUAAUGACAUAAUCUACCUAAUUGUAAGUGGGCAUGCACACACCGUAUACGGUCUGCCCUACGUACUACGUCCGUGCAGAAUGCGUGCGAAACUACACGCGCAAAUGCGUUUGGCUAUCAUGUAAUACGCACACUAUACGGUAUGCCUAAUCAUGGUAAUGGUAAUUGAUAAUUAUUUAAGUAAUAACACUAAAUAUAAGCAUAUUGUUUCUCAAGAAACAUCUUCAAUUAUAUCUGCAUACAUGACCUGUACAUUAUACAUAUACCUAGACAGGAGGGCAGGGGCUAGCACCGGGCGCACCUGAAAGGAAUCAGGAAUAAGUGCGUAGCCCAUGAUUUGGGAAAGUAUUCUAUGAACCGGAUGAAUCGCAACCGAUUUUUCGACUCAUGUUGUAAAUCAGCCCAAUCUAUUGUAUACCCUAUUUUUCCCGAAGGCAACACUACGUAUAGUUACGAUAUAGAUUAUAGCCGUUGGUAACUAUACAAACCACGAACCAGCAAUGGGUAGUUGUAAUAUCGUCACGGAAUAAGGGAACGCAGAACACCCUCAACGUACUUAAAGUAGUUAAAAAGAUGAACGGUUGGAAAGGAAGAAGUAAAACAGCAUACAACAAUUGCGGUAGCUACCUUUAGUUUGUACAACAACGUAGAAAAUAUCGACUAUUAGGUUGAUUGAGGAGGAAAAAAGAAAAGGAAUCAGAGUUGUUACGUUCGUUACUUAAUAUUUGUGUACAAAAUUUAUUUUUCGCCGGAAAAACAUUGUUUCUUUGAUCACGAGAUGAAAAGUUCUUUCCAGUAAAAUUGGCAAACGAAACUUGAUAUAUGUAUACUAUACGAUAUACGCACGUAAAUGUACAUGUAUGUAUGCAUACACCUAUGAUGUAUAUGCAUAUAAACGUAUACCUAUAUAUGAUUACAUAUGUGUAUAGAUAUAUCUUUCGGACAAACUUUGAUUAUCUCGACAGGAAAGAAGAAAAUCAAUGAUGAAAGAAUACUAGUAAUAAAUGAGAAUGAUAAUAGUAUAAUAAUAUUUAACGGGAAAGAUUACAAUCGGUGACUGAUCAGUUCUUAAGUAUUUAUUGUUGUCAUAACAGGCUCAUGAUAUAUGUUAUAAAGUUUACUUUUGGAACUCUCAAACUCACGUCGUUUGAAAUUAUAUAUUUGACGCGGAGGAACAGGAAAAAAAUUAUAUCGUCUUUCGGAAAUACUUUUCGGUGGAGAGCGUGGGAUUAACAUACGGAUUACCGAGCAACUCGUUUAAUCAGUUGAAAAGUUUAAAGGUUCCAUCAUCAUACCUGCAGCGUGGAUGCGAAAUUCUCAAAUGAUUUUGUACCGACAGCAACCAUGUUCAACUGACGUAAUCUUAAGGCAUAUAGAUUCUAGGCGAGAAAGACCUCAGUUCAAUGUAUUUAUGCGCAGUAUUUCGUCUACCGUUAUAACCCAUAUGUACACAAAUUAAAAUACAUACCUUUAUUUUUAA